UGUGACACCUUGUUAACUCCUGUGAGACAAACACAAUGAGACUGAUUGAGUUCCUCGCGGGGAAAGCGACUAACCUUAGCGGCGGUGACCCGCUGGUGAAGCCCCUCAGCCCGGUCAGCCCGGGCAGCCAGGAGCCCGGAGACACCGACGCCACCGACGCCGUCCUUCGGUAGUACUCCCGUAACCGGACGGGGGCCAGCAGCCUCCCCAUCGCCGUCACCAGAGCCAUGAGUGGGACACACGGGAGGAUGGAGGAUCGUAACACGGUCCAGUUGACAGCGAGGGAAGUCGCACUUCCGUCGGAGAGGCGUCCCGGAGAUGUGUGACUCUCACCGACCGAGUUAGCUUAGCCAGGCUAGGCUAGGUGUGUUAGCUGCAGGACGUCACUGUGUCACCGGCCCUACGUGAAGUGUCCCCUGCGGCAGCUGCUCGUUGUACGUCCCGCAGACGAUCAGCUCAUGGUCCGGUGGUCGUGGAGCUCGAACCGCAGCUUCUCUGUUCAGAUGGAACAUUGUUUCAACCUUCACUCUCUUCUCUGCUGCCAAGUUCAUCACAGAGAAAAUAAAGAAUCCACAAAACCUUGGACCUUUAAAUAAAGUUUAAAAACAGGCCACACCUUGACACAUGAUGAGUUAAUCAAGAUAGAAACAGCUUUUAUCAACAGUGAACAAUUCACACAUGUGCCUGGCUAUUCUAUAUCAUUAUAUUUCUUUUAUGCAGCUGAUUUAAUUUGAUGUAAUCUUAUCUAUGUAUGUAUUUAAUUUGAUUUGCCACUGAUUUUUCACAAAUAAUUAAAAUGUACAAUUUAUUUGAGUAAAAUUCAACCACAAACGUGGAUUACCCCACACACACCAGGUGGAUUUGAGUUUUAGUAUAAUUUAUCAGCUCUUUAAUAAAAAAACACCCCAAUAACCAAAUCUUUAAAUUUAACAUUGCUGACAUGAAUUGGCCAACAAACUCUUCUUUCUAAAUUGGAAUCAAGGGCCCUGAAUUCCUAUUCCACCCCUGUCACUAGGUCUCGAGUGCAUAUAUACUCCCAACAACAUCAAAACACAUCAGUGACCUUCACUGUCACAUUUACACAUUGCACACUGUUGUAAUCUCCUGUCUGUAUUGAUUGAGCCGCCCUCGAUUAAACCAAGUGCCGUUCACCUUCUAUCUUUGCAAGACCCAGAAAACAGGAUGUGUACAACUUAGCCCGACAACUGCUGACAGCCUGAACUUUGUGAGCUCCGGUUAUAUCAGCGUUGUGCUCAAGACUUUAUCAGGCAACACAGAUAAGUGCAUCAAAUAUGAGUGAUCAUCUGUGGGAGAUAAAGAUUAAUGAAUGAUCAGGUUCAAAGUGAAGGGUUGGCAUAUAAAUCAGAAGCCUUUUCUGUCCGUGUUGCUCAGUGUGUGUCACCUCUGUCUCAGGAUGUUCAGGUCCCUGCUCCUGCUCCUGGCAGUGUCAGGCCUCCAAGCCGUCCCAAUCGCACUCGCUCGAGGUCUGCAGAAGACAUCUUCAACCCACCAGCUUCACGAUGGCUUUCAAAUGGGCACAGAACACGACAAUGAAAUCCGUCGACCCCUUCCAGACAGCUACAGACAAGGUACUGAGCUCUCCAGAAGGUUCCUGGUUGACCUCAACAUUUGGCGGGUGCAAGACAACAUUGCUGUCAUCCGCCCCUCUCUUGGAAAUGGGUUUGGCGAGAUGGGGAGAAGACAGUGGCUGACAAAUGAAAUCCCUGUUGAUGUUCCAGCCCAGAAGAAUGGCGGUGGUUGGGUGCGGGCGGAGGCACCUGCUGCAAAUCAUGUCCCAGAUGGUUUCAAGCAGGGAACCGAACCCUCCAUGGCUAUCCCAGAUGGUUUCAGGCAGGGAACCGAACCCUUCAUGUCUAUCCCAGAUGGUUUCAGGCAGGGAACCGAACCCUUCAUGUCUAUCCCAGAUGGUUUCAGGCAGGGAACAGAACGCUCCAUGGCUAUCCCAGAUGGUUUCAGGCAGGGAACAGAACGCUCCAUGGCUAUCCCAGAUGGUUUCAGGCAGGGAACAGAACGCUCCAUGGCUAUCCCAGAUGGUUUCAGGCAGGGAACAGAACGCUCCAUGGCUAUCCCAGAUGGUUUCAGGCAGGGAACAGAACGCUCCAUGGCUAUCCCAGAUGGUUUCAGGCAGGGAACAGAACGCUCCAUGGCUAUCCCAGAUGGUUUCAGGCAGGGAACAGAACGCUCCAUGGCUAUCCCAGAUGGUUUCAGGCAGGGAACAGAACGCUCCAUGGCUAUCCCAGAUGGAUUCAGGCAGGGAACAGAACGCUCCAUGGCUAUCCCAGAUGGUUUCAGGCAGGGAACCGAACCCUUAAUUUCUAUCCCAAAGGGUUUCCGGCAGGGAACUGAACCCUCUGUCGCCAGAAUCCAAACACAGACAGUGGCAUGUAAGGGAGAGGUCAUCAAUGGAAACUGCUAUGAGUUCAACCCCACACCAAUAACCUUCCAGGACGCACAGGUCAUCUGCAGAGCUCUUGCCCCAAAUGCUGAGCUUGCAUCUGUAUACAGCAGUGAUCUGCACUCUCGCCUGGUUUCCCUGGUGACCAAGGGUGGUGAGAAAAACCCUGUGUUGACCUGGCUGGGAGGCACCGUCAAGAACCAGAAGGCAUCAUGGGUAGACGGGUCAGAGUGGGGUUACAGUGACUGGAAGCCGGGUCACCCCAACAUUCAGACUGACAAACCUGUGUGUUUGGAGAUGUUCCAGACAGAUGAGAGCUGGUGGACAGCCGCUGACUGUGACCUGAAGAGAGCGUCCAUCUGCUCGUACCCAGUCACUGCGUGAAGACCACAAAGAAACACAGCAUAUAAGAGUGUGGACGUCUGGAUCUUUCUUGCAGACAACAUUGUUAAUGUUUGUCUCCUUGAAUAAAACUUUAAGAUUUGA